AAAUCUUUAUGGGUAGUAAACGAAUCAUUUAAUACAUAGGAAAUCCUGGAAGAGAAACUCCUUGCACGUAAAAAAUAAUAUAAAAAGAAGUAAUUAUAUGGGUCAUCUUCACAAUCAUCAAUCAUUCAUUCCCAACAAAAUUAGAAACUAGAGAGAGAUUCUAAGCAAUAUUUUGUUUGUUUCAUUGACAUUUUGGAAAGAUAUGGCACUAAAUAUGGAAGUUGGAUCCAUGCACUUUUACGAUGAAAUCGAACCAUUUUGUCGAUGGAAGAGAACAGAGGACAUCGACAUUCUUGAGCUACAUCUUCCAUCAGGUUUGAAGAAGGAGCAUCUUAAAAUACAGAUCAACAACAGUGGUAUACUUACAAUAACAGGAGGUUGUUCGGUAGACCAAAACAAAUCAAUUAGGUUCAGGAAAGAAACAAAAGUUGCAAAAAAUUGCGGAAGAAAUGAGAUUCGUGCAAAGUUCUCAAAGGGAGUUUUGUAUGUGAUAAUGCCAAAGACAAACCCAAUAGCAGCUGGUCCCUUGGCUGCUUUGAAAAGAGCCACAUCACACUCUAAAGUAGAUGAUGAUAUGAGAAAUUCACCAAACUGUGUAGGUGAAUUUCAUAGUAAGUUUGCCUCAUUGAGGCAAAGAUUAUGGAGGAAGAGAGUAGUUGAGGGUGUGGCAGCCAUGGUGGUUGUGGCUGGUGCAGUUGUAGGAGUGGUCAAAGCGUACCAAUAUUUUAUGGCAUCACCUGUGUGAUAAAGAUUUAAUAAGAUCAUGGUACAUUGUUUCCUGUUCGUAUAUUGUAAUACAAACAUAUCUCAAAUUUCAUUAAAAAAAAAGUUACUCUA